AGCAGCAUCGCGUACCGUAGCAGUCUGCAACGAGCUUUCCUUGAAUUAUGUAGCCAGCUUGAUCUAGUUAGUUAACGAUAAGUAGCGUUACCCCUCUGAAUGAAAGAUGUUAGCAGUUUAAUGUUAGCUAAAGAACAUACGUAUUUUCUUUAAAUAUAAUAAGAAUCGAUUGUUUUGGUUGUCAGCUCUUGGAACCUUUUCAUAAAAUUGGCUAGCCACAAGAUUUUCUAUUUUUCUGGCUAACGUUGCUAACCCCAGGUCGUUUGAAGACCACUCGGAUCCAACAUGCCUGCUGUCGUGCAUAAUGUUGAUUCAGCCUCGAUUUCAUGCGGCCUUAAAAAAAACUGCAAGUUUGCAAGAAAUUUUAGACGUGUCAAAACUUGCGUCUAGAUAACGCUAGAUAGCUAGUUUAAUAAAAUGGCAUCUGUUUUGGAGGACCCCACCCUUGAGAGGCAUUUUAGAGGUCACAAAGAUGCUGUCACAUGUGCAGAUUUUAGUCCUAACAAUAAACAGUUGGCCACUGGAUCCAAUGACAAGAAUCUAAUGAUCUGGAACCUCAACCCAAAAGCCAGAGCUUUCAGAUUUAUGGGACAUAAUGAUCUCAUAACUGCCGUCCAGUUCUCACCGUCUGGUCACCUGGUGGCUUCCUCCUCCAGGGACAAGACCGUGCGUCUGUGGACGCCAAACAUCAAGGGAGAGUCAGUUGCGUUCAAAGCGCACACAGCCACAGUACGUAGCGUGAGCUUCUCCAGUGACGGCCAGAGACUAGUCACAGCCUCGGAUGACAAGUCAUUGAAGGUUUGGAGUGUGCAUCGACAGAAAUUCAUCUACUCCCUAAACCAGCACACCAACUGGGUUCGCUGUGCAAGGUUUUCACCUGAUGGACGGUUGGUGGCGUCCUGUGGGGACGAUAGGACGGUUCGGCUGUGGGACACUUCUACGCGCCAGUGCAUCAACACCUUUACCGACUAUGGCGGGCCAGCAACUUUUGUGGACUUUAAUAGCAGUGGUACAUGCAUUGCAUCAUCGGGAGCUGACAACACACUGAAACUAUGGGACAUUAGAACCAACAAGCUUAUACAACAUUACCAAGUCCAUAGUGCAGGAGUCAACUGUUUUUCCUUCCACCCAUCGGGGAACUACUUGAUCAGUGGCUCUAACGACAGCACAGUGAAGAUCCUGGAUCUGCUGGAGGGAAGACUUAUUUAUACGCUUCAUGGCCACAAGGGUCCGGUUCUGACAGUGGCCUUCUCUCGACAAGGUGAUUUUUUUGCCUCUGGCGGAGCUGACUCACAGGUUCUGAUGUGGAAGACCAACUUUGAUGCACUAAACUACAGGGAAAUGUUAAGUCAACACAGCAAGCGAGUGUCCCCAGACCCCCCCCCACACCUGAUGGACAUCUAUCCCAGAUCUCCGCAUGUCCACCUCUCCCAGAAUGGACCUAUUGAGGUUAACCCUGUUGUUGCCGACACCCUGUCUGCUGAUCCUUGUGUGGUGGAGGUGGGAGAGCGCCCUUUCUCCAUGGCGGCCGCGAGAGGGCAUGAGGAUGGGCCCGCAGGCUUCAGAGGCCACGCCAGCGCCAGCACCCGCUUUACUCACCUGCAGCAGGAGAUGGAGCAGGAGGAGUGCGAAGAGGAAGGCCCAGGGCUGACACACCUGCCGGGGGAGCACUCGGAGCUCCCGGGGGCGGUCAGGAGCACCCUGGAACACAUCGUUCACCAGCUGGAUGUCCUGACUCAGACAGUGGCUGUCCUGGAAGAGCGUCUCACCCUCACAGAAGACAAGCUGAAGGAGUGUCUUGAAAACCAGGUUCUCAUUCAACAGGAGGCACUGCGGGCAGGCCAGACCCACGAGGAGAGCCGCGUGGAGGGGCCAGCCAUCUAGGCUUCCCUGCUGCCCAAAGCCCUUCAGCUGACACGAUUGCCCCAGCUUCGGUGAUCACUGACUGUAGGGUUUACUAACCCCCCUCUGCCCCAACAGGCCUGACUCUUGACCCUUUGGUCUCCUCUCAACCCUGGGGUCUUUGUACCAGUCCAAAGAGAAUUAAAUCAAAACACUGAGUAAAGAAACAGAGGGGACUGAAAGUAGAGCAGGGUAGGGGGAGGAGAGGGGUGGGGGGGAUUUGAGGGAUCUUGCAGCAGUCUAUUCCAGAAAUUCAUUAAGUCCCUGUGGAGGAGACAGCUGCAGCUAACAAAACAUCCCGGCCUUGUUUUGACAGCAGUGAGGGGCUGCAUUCUUCAGGACAGCCUCUCUAAAGACACUCAAGGAGAUGGAGCAACACCUCUCUUGCUCUCUAGCUAUUCCCCUGCUCUUUCACUCACUGUCCUCAUGUCUCUGUCUGACUGUGUUUCAUCACAAAUAUUUAUACAAAAAUAAAGACUAUUGUGAAUGGGUA